AUGGAUUAGAAAUAAUAAUGUGAAUAAUAGUACGAGUAUGUACUUAACAUUGAAUAUUUGGGAAACUAUAAAUUUAUCUAUGAAAAUCACUCUCCAAUAAAUGAAGAUGACAUACAGUUGAGUGAUUUAGAAUCUUAGUUUUUGGAUGAUUUUAAGAUUGAAGAUGAUUCUUAAUAUUUUUUAUAUAAAGUUGAAUAGGAUGAUUCAUAUUUUGGGCUUGAACUUAAAUUUAAUGUUAGGUAUUUAAGUUUGUAAUAGAAGUGCAGAUUAACUCAUGUAAAUUAAUCAAAUUUCUGAACACUCUUUAUAUGAAGGUAUAAUCAUAAAAAUACCAAGAAAAUAAUAGAUGCCAAUCUAUGAGUAAAUUACAAAUUAAGAAUAAAAACAAGAGAACCUACUAGAUACGUUUUAAAAAACUUACAAUAAAUUUUUUGAUAUAAAUUAUGUUACAUCUUUAGGUUACAUAAAGGGAAAAUUGACAGUCCAUGAGGAUGUAUUAUUUUUUGAUCCAGAUUAUAAUAAUAAUUUAAAUGAAAAAAUAAUGUAGGAAGCAAAACUUAAAAAUGUUUAAUAAUUACAAUUUUAAAUCCUACUAUAAAAUGUAAUUAAAGUAACAAAAAGAGAAUUUCCAGCAUGCAUUCAAAUUGGUAGUAAAGAAAUUUAAAAAAUGCAUUUUGUAGAGAUCUAUAUUUAAACAAAGCGUUCUAAAGUUGUUUUAAUACAAUUAAUAGAUGUUUAAUAAUUAAAUGAAUUGAUGGAUUCAAUUAAUUCUGUAUUGGUAUCAUACUUUCCUCCAACUCCAAAUAAAGUAAUAGAGACUCCAACAAAACCUUAAUUGAAAACUAUACUUCCUUAUUACUACAAGAACGACGUAAAAUUAGAAUAAAAUAUUUAACUAGCAUUUGAAAGUAAUUAUAUAAAUAUAAAUGAUAAGAAUCUAUGGGUUCUAAUGUAUUCAUUUCAUAUUUAGAAUCGGAAUCUGAAAUAAUAGAUUAAAGUAUAUUUAUGAUGGUAGCUUGUUACAUUCCAACAAUCUUUAAAUCGUAAAGAUGGACUCUUCUAUAUUCUUCAACUUUAAAUGGAUCAUCCAUAAAAACUUUAAUGAGGAAUACUUAAUUUAGUUAACCAGUUAUUGUAUUUGUAAGAGACUUACAUAAAUAUUUAUUCGGAGCCUAUUUAUCAGAUGGUAUUUAAAAGAGUCAAGAUCAUUUUUAUGGAACUGGUGAAUCAUUCUUAUUUACUUUUAAGAAUACAUUAUCUUUAACUGUUUAUAAUUGGAUUAACUAAAAUAAUUUUAUUACUUUAUGUGAUGAAAAUGGUUUAGCUAUUGGAUGUGGUGAUAAAUAUGGACUAUAUAUAGAUUCUGAAAUUUAUCAUGGAUAUUCUCAUUAUUGUGAAACUUUUGGCAAUGAAGUAUUGUCAAGUAAAGAGAAUUUUGUAAUUGAUAGAAUGGAAAUCUGGGGAAUAUUUUAAGGUUGAA